AUGGGUGCCAUCAAAUCUGCCAUCAAGGGCAACAAAGUGGGUGGUGUGGUCUGGUCCGUCUUCGACUGGUACCGUAUGUUCGCUGCUGUCAAUGGCCUCUGCUUGCUGUUCCAGGCGCUGAUUACGAUAGCGUCGCACUACCCCGUCGAAGAGAGGAAGCUGCUUCGAAAGCUUGACCUCUCCAUACUUUUCCUCGGACAACAAAAUAUCACCAAUGCCUAUGUUUCGGGCAUGCGCGAAGAUCUAGGCGCUUUUGGCAAUGAGUUGAACUACUAUGUCGUUGCUUAUAACACGGCCUACGUCCUGGGUCAGAUCCCACUGAUGACUCUCCAGACCAAGGCAAAGAUUGCUCCAUUUCUCCUUCCAUCGCUGCAGAUUGUCUGGGCCGUCAUCGCCUUUUGCCAGUCUGAGAUCAAACAUAGCUGGCAUCUCUACAUCCUGCGCGCCAUCACCGGCUUCCUCGAAGCCUCCUCCUUUGGUGGCACCCAUCUGAUUCUCGGCAGCUGGUUCAAAAACGAAGAACUCUUCAAGCGCGCUGGCGUCUGGUUCAUGGGCAACUCCCUCGGAUCCAUGUUCUCGGGUUACCUCCAGGCCGCGGCCUACCGAAAUCUCGACGGAGUAUACGGCAGAGCGGGCUGGCGUUGGCUGUUCGUCGUGCAGGGUAUCAUCACGUUGCCGUUGGCAUUCCUAGGAUUCGCAUUCUGGCCCGGACUGCCGAGCUCGCCACGGCGGUGGUUCUUCACGGCGGAGGACCACGCGUUGGCCGUCAAGCGGAUCCCGACCGUCGAGAACGAGGGAAUCACCUGGAAGACAUUCAAGUACACGCUGUCACGGCCAAUGUGGUGGAUAUGCGUGCCAUGCUACAUCAUGCUUUGCCAGGCACAUUACUGGACCGGCUACAUGGCGCUGUGGUUGCGUCACGCCGGCUACUCGAUCGAGCUGGUGAAUAUUUUGCCGACCUUUAUCGAUCUGCUGCGGGCUCUGUCGUCAUGGCUAGGGACCACACUGGCGGGCUGCCUCAGCCUCAGGGGGCUCUGGUCAUUCCAGGCUUCAUUUGUGUUCUUCGCACUCAUCGUGCUAUCCGUCUGGAACGUGCCCGAUGCGCUCAAGUUCUGCGCCUUCUACUUUGGCGGAUUCUCUGGCAUGGCGUCUCCCAUCUUGUAUUCGUGGGUCAAUUUUAUCCUCAAGGAAAACUAUGGCGAGCGCGGAUUGAUCAUCUCGUCCAUGAUGACGCUGGGCUUCUGUAACCAGAUUUGGAUCCCACUGUUCACGUUCCCAACGGUCGAGGCGCCGCGGUUUCCCAACGGGUACCCUGCCGCAACGGUCUUCGAGUUUACCAUGUGGGCGAUCCUGAUGUUCGGCACGUGGUACAUGAAGCGAUGGAAGCAGAGGAACCCCGACCUCGAGAUGCGACUGGCGCGUGAGGCGGCGACACGUGCAGAAGGCGGCGACGGCAGCCCGUCGGUGCUGGGUUCGGAAUCGGAGGGGUUAGAAGAUGGAAAAGGCAAAGCGGGAAGCUAUCGGGUGAGGAGGUUAGAGAAAGGGGUGUGUAGAUGACUCAUGGGCGAGGCUGCCCACCAGGACCAUCAUAGAAGCUCGAUAUUGAACCGCGUCGGGCCUCUCACGCUGUCACGUGACUUGAGAAGAGUAUGAUGCUGAAGGCGGGGUAGCUCUUUGCCUGGCAAACCUGGAUGCUGUCUAGAGUGUCUCUUGCCUUGACGAAUGCAGCACAGCAACAGGACCCGGAAUCCAGGGAAGGUGGGGCCUUAGCGGGACCGUGGUGGGGUCGUGGAGGGGCUGCGCUUGGGGCACCUCGUCAUUCGGCCUGUCAUUACUGCUGCUACCAGAGCCCAUGUCGCUGCCAUCAGUGGAAGCAUUCACCCAGUGCAACGGCCCCCCAGUGGUACUGCUGCUGUCAAUCGAGCAGUACCCAGCGGCAGCACCACUGACAGUCACGACAGCGAUCACGAGGACCAGCCAUUACGACAUCACACAUAUCGACACCGCUGGUGUACCAUUUACAUGCACACGCGGUACUGCU